CCAAGGGCCCAAGACCACAGAGGACCUUAGGACAAAUGGAGACUUCUGCAGUGGCCAGUGGGUCAGAGGAAAGAAAGAAUAAGGAUGCCACAAAAGAAUCCCCUGGGGAAGAGAGCGCGAGUGGGCGGAGCUCUGACUCAGUAGGUGUGGCUUGUGAGAGUACCAGAGGAACUAAUGAGGAGAAUGGAGAGGAAGAGCCAAAUCCACAAACUGGAGCCAGCGAGGGAGGAGCAGAGAUGACAGAAGGUGAUGCCAAAGACAAUGAGGGAGAGAAGGAUGGAAGCAAAGAUGGAGGAGAAGAGACUGUGAAGGACGAAAAGGAAAAAGAAUGUGAAAGUAGCGAAAAUGCUCAUAGAGAAAAGGAAAAGACAAUAAAUAAAGCUGAAGAAGGAAAAGCAAAAGAAGCCAAGGAGGAUGGAAAUAAUGCCAUUGCUGGAGAGGAGGGAAGAGGUAAAGCUAAAAGUGAGGAAAAACACGAGAAAGAAGAGAAAAUUGUGAAAGAAGAGAAAAACAAUGACUCCGAAGGCCCGGCCCAAGCGACUGCGGAUAAAGAAACGAAGGCCAAAGAGAAAGUCGAGGCACAGACAAACAAAGAGAAGAACAGAGACAAACAAGAAAAGACAAAAGGAAAAAAUGGAACCCCUCCCUCCUCGUCCUCUCUCAGAACCUCCGCUCUGGCCUCUUCUCGGCCACGGAGCGCCCGGCCUUCAGCCCGGAGAGAAGCUAUGGCCAAGUUUCAACAGGAUCAGGGUCCUGCUGUCCGCAACUUUAAGGUCCAGAAGGUGUCUGCAGGCAUGUCUGCUGGUGCCUCAAUCAAGCAGAAGAUACUCCAUUGGUGUAGUAACAAAACACGGAAUUAUGAGGGCGUUUCUAUCGAGAACUUCUCAUCUUCCUGGAGUGAUGGCCUGGCCUUCUGUGCCCUCGUUCAUCGCUUCUUCCCAGAUGCUUUCGACUUCUCCACCCUCAAAGCCAAUGAACGAGAGAAGAACUUCACUCUGGCCUUCAGCACUGCAGAAUCUCUGGCUGACUGCUGCCCCCUCCUGGACGUAUCAGACAUGUUACUAAUGGGGAAGAACCCUGACCCUUUCAGUGUGUUCACCUACGUUCAGUCCCUCUGCCAGCACCUCUCAAAAAUAGAGCGAGAUAGGAAGGAGCGAGAGAAGGCAGAGGAGGGCAAGAAUCAAGGCGAGGCUGAAGCCCAAGGCAAAAAAGAAGCUGAGGAUAAAGAGCAGGAGAUAAGGGAAGGAGAGGAGCAGGGGGAGGAGGAAAGAGAAACAGAAGGAGACCCAGAUGAAGAGAAAGGAGGGACUGAAGAAGGUAUGAAGAUGGAGACAGAUCAAAAUGACAACGUGGUAAACAGCGAGCCAACAAAUGAGACUUAAAUACAGUAAAUAAGCUGCCAGCGAAUGAUGUGCCGGAGUGAGAGUGAUGUAAGGAGGAGAGUUGCAAGCAGUGAGAUUAUUAGAUAGCUAAGGACACUUUUUAAAAUAUUUUAGCCUAUAAUAAAUAGCUUAAUAUACCAUAUUAAUAUACUGAUACAGUACUGAUCAUUUAAGCUAUUAUAAAAUAGCUAAAGAUUCAAUAUUAACAACUUUGUGUGUGAUUUUGUGAAGAUUGUUUACUAUUGUAAGCUGCACAA